UAAGAACAUGUUUCUGUGAACAUCACUCAGCUGGUGGAAGUUAUUAUAUACAACUUAUUUCGAAGUAAAUCUAGACUUGCAAAUAAUGUCUACAGAUGGCACCAAAGCAGUUAAAUUUGGACAGAAUGAUUUCACUGCAGAAGAACACAAAAGUAUACAAACAGCACUCAGGCAGAGAUUAGGACAGGAAUUUAUAAGUCAGAGGGCAGGAGCAGGAGGGCAAAAGCUGGCUUACAUAGAAGGUUGGCGCCUUGUGAAUUUAGCUAAUGAAAUGUUUGGAUUCAAUGGUUGGUCUCACUCUGUUACCCAUCAGACUAUUGAUUUUGUGGACCAUCACAAUGGCAAAUAUUAUGUUGGGGUUAGUGCUUUUGUCAAAGUUGUAUUGAAGGAUGGAAUAUACCAUGAGGAUAUUGGCUAUGGUGUUAGUGAAGGAAUGAAAUCAAAAGCAUUGUCCCUAGAGAAGGCAAGAAAAGAGGCUGUGACAGAUGGAUUGAAGAGGGCACUGAAAAGUUUUGGAAAUGCUAUGGGGAACUGUCUUGGAGAUAAAGACUACCUGAAAAGUAUCAACAGAGCUUCAAAAAAACCACCUGAGCAGUAUAACCUAGAUGAAAUGAAGCAUUCUGUAUUAGACCCAGCAAUUGAAAAGGCCAGGAGAGCUGGACUUGAAUCUGCAGAUAAAGUACGGAACAUUGUUAAAGUUUGUGAUUCAAAUUCAAAGUUAGAAGAUGUUUCGAAACAACAGUGUGCACAUGUACAGGUUGAAACUUAUAAUGACACAGCAGAAACUGCUUCAGGGAAUUGUGGAAAUAUAAAAUUCUCUGGAACCUCAGUUAGACAUUUGCAGCAAAAUUCAAAAAGUAUGACAUAUGAUAUUGAAAGAACUGGAAACUUAAAUGAGCAAGAUGAAGAAGGCUUUGUACAAACUGGUGGCAGUAAUCAUCCAAAAAAAUUGACAUCUGUGGCUGGAAAUAUGAAAAUUAACAAAACAUCGAAUCAAGGAAGUUCAGGAUUGGAUAAACUUGGGGAAUCAGAAAAUAUGUCAAAGCAGGAAAGGAUUAUGAAACAAAAGAUGAAACAGAUGGAAUUUCAAAGACUUGUAGAGAAACAAAAACAAGAUUCAGGUCAAGAAGACUUAGGUAUGCCUGUAGCAACAUCUACUCCAGCAUUCAAUCCUCCUCAGAUGUCUAGUUCAGCCUCAAAUGAUCAAAGGUUUAGUGCUGGUUUUUCUGGAGUUCAAUCCAUUAACAAAUAUCAGGAUGAAGGACUUGUUGCAGAGGACAAUUUUGAUGAACUGUCAGUUUGGAACCAGUCCAUUGACAUGGAGCCAGAUUUUAAUCAUUGUGGCACAGUCCAGAAUGGUUCAACAGCCUACACAGUUCACCAACAAGGUAAAGCAAAGCCUGCCAAUAUUCGGGCAGAGAAAAGACUAGAACAUCAAGGUUACUUCAAUGUUCCAGAAGAUGUUGUAUUUGCUGGAAAAAGAAGGAGAACUGAUAACCAGUGAAAUAUGCCAUUGCAUAAAUGUCAAAGAUAUCAAAGAGAAUCCUUAGUGAAAUAGAAAACUUUACUUUGACAUGCUAUAGAAUUAAAGUGUGUUUAGUAUAAUGUUACUAUUUACAGAAUGACAUAUUUUUACACAAUGAGUUGGAGUCAGGUAUUCCAGUAUUGUCUGCAAUUAAAUGGUUGUGGUAUACUUUCAGAUUCUCAAAAGUCCAAACAACCCUUCGCUGGUGCAAAUUAUAUGUUUACCACUAAAUAUGUUGCAUUUAAUGGACAAAAUAAUUUGUCACCCCAUCAGUACAGAAAGUGGAUAACUGCAGUAACAUAAUGGUUAAGCUAGUUGGCUUUGACUCAGCUACUAUUUUUCACUGUAAGUUUGAGCCUCAUUAGAGAUGAAACUCUAAACAUCAAGCUAAUAUGCAGAAGAGGCAGAGUAUAAAACCAAGAACUCAAUGAAAAAAGAUGAAUUUCUAUAAGGUACUAAAAAAUGUCGUAAAGUAGUCAUUGUUAAAGUUUUAGCUCACCAGAGCUGUAGGCUCAAGGUGAGCUACUGUGAUCACCCUUUGUCCCAUUAAGAGUUUCCCCAUAAUCAUGAUAAAGAUUUUGUUCUUUGAGCAAUCUUAACAAAAUUUGUAUGAACACAAAAAUUGGCAAUGCACUUAGUCAGAUUAGUCACACAAAAGUUAUGUAGGGCAAAGAUUUUCAGUUCCAUAUCAUAAUACUCUACAGAAAGGACCAAAAUUUACAUGAAAGUAUUUUCAUGUAUCACAAAUCCUACAAGUUGAGACAUGUUCCAUCUUACCUGGAACCUCUCUUAAGUCUUUUAAACAAGAGGGCCAUGAUGACCCUUAAUCGCUCACCUGAGUACCCCAAAGGUGAUGAAUUCAAAUGCAAACUGUGGCCUCUAGUGUUCACAAGCUUUCCUUAAAUCUGACUUGGUUCCCUAGUUUUGACAACACAUGACCCAGUUAUUAACAUGGCAUCAAUUAGGUCAAACAGUCAAAUAUAAGUAAGUAUUGAAAUCUGUUCCCAAUUUCAAAUGUCAAAGCUGAUGCUGAAAUAUUAAGAAAGUAGGUCAGUAAGUCACAUUUAAGGUCAAUGAAAGUCAGCUUUGAGAUCCAUGUGCAAAACUGUAUAUGUGGUCCAAGUUUCAUGGCUGUACCUUAAAUAACAAGAAAGUAGGUCAGUAGGCCAAUGUCACAGUCAAGUUACCCCUAAUUACUAAAGGUCAUCAGUUAAUUAUAAUUAAAAAAGUCAAGGUAAUAUGAUCAAUUGAUUUUUAGCUCACCUGAGCACAAAGUGCUCAAGGUAAGGUAUUGUGACUGGCCAUUGUCCUGCGUGCGUCGUCCGUUAACAUUCGCCUUGUGACACUAUAGAGGCCACAGUUGUGAACCAUUGGUUAUGAAACUUGGUCAGAAUGUUUGUUUUGAUUAUCUCUAGGUCAAGUUCGAAACUGGGUCAUGUGGGGUGACAAACUAGGUCAGUAGGCCAGAUCAUAUGAAAAGCUUUUGAACACUAGAGGCCACAGUUGUGACUCAAUCUUUAUGAAACUUGGUCAGAAUGUUUGUCUUGAUGAUCUCUAGGUAGUUUGAGUAUGGGUCAUGUGGGUUCAAAAAUUGGUUCAAAUGGUCAAAUCAAAGGAGAAGCUUGUGAACACUCUGGAGGCCACAGUUGUGACUCAGUCUUUAUGAAACUUGGUAAGAAUGUUUGUCUUGAUGAUCACUAGGUCAAGUUCGAAACUGGGUCAUGUAAGAUCAAAAACUAGGUCAGUAGGCCAGAUCAAAGGAAAAUCUUGUUUACAUUCUAGAGACCACAAUUUAAGUUUCAGACUCAUGAGAAUCGGUCUGAAUGUUUGUCUUGAUUACCUCUAGGUCAAGUUCAAAUUGGGUCAUGUAGGGAGAAAAACUAAGUCACUCGGUCAAAUCUAAGGAAAAGCUUGUGAACACUCUAGAGGCCGCAGUUGUGACUCAAUCUUUAUGAAACUUGGUCAGAAUAUUUGUCUUAAUGAUCUUCAGGUCAGAUUGGAAACUGGGUCAUGUGGGGUCAAAAUCUAGGUCACUAGGCCAGAUCAAAGAAAAUCUUGUUAACACUCUUGAGUCCACAGUUUAAGUUUGAAACUCACAAGAAUUGGUCAGAAUGUUUGUCUUGAUGACCUCUAGGUCAGGUUCGAAUCUUGUUCAUGUAGGGUCAAAAAUUAGGUCAUCCAGUCAAAUCAAAGGAAAAGCUUAACACUGAAGAGGCCAUGUUUAUGACCCAGUCUUCAUGAAACUUGAUCAAAAUGAUGAUCUUGGUGAUCUUUAGCCCAAAAUCGAAUCUGGAUCAUCUGGGGUCAAAAACUAGGUCACCUGUUAAAAUCAACUAAAAACCUUGUGCAUGCAAUAGGGGCUGCAUUUUUCUUUUGAUAUGCAUGAAACUUGGUCAGAAUGUUUAUCUGCAUGAAACAUACAUGCCACAUUUUCAGACGGUCAAUAAGGGAGAUUUGCCUCAGCAGGGCCUUUUUUAAGGGAGAUUUGGGUAAAAAUAAGGGAGACUUUUAUUCGCUCAUUUUUUACGCACUAUAUAGCCGUUUUCAUGAGGAAAUCGUUAAGUUUUUUUAGCUCACGGUGAGCUUUUGUGACCGCUGAAUGUCCGUCGUCCGGCAUCCGUCCGUCAACAUUUCCUAAAAAAAUCUUCUUCUUGAAAACCACUGGGCAGAAUUACACCAAACUUCACAGGAAUGAUCCUUGGGUGGCCCCCUUUCAAAAUUGUUCAAAAAUUGAAUUCCAUACAGAAAGGAAAAACUUUAAAAAUCUUCUUGUCCAAAACCACAGGGCCUAGGGCUUUGAUAUCUGGUGUGUAGCAUCAUCUAGUGGUCCUCUACCAAAAUUGUUCAAAUUAUCUCCCUAGGCCUAAAUAUGGCCCUGCCCCUGUUUAUAUAGACUUAUAUAGGGAAAAUUUUGAAAAUCUUCUUGUACAAAACCACAUGGCCUAGGGCUUUGAUAUUUGGUAUGUAGCAUCAUCUAGUGGUCUUCUACCAAGAUUGUUCAAAUUAUCCCCCUAGGGUCAAAUAUGGCCCCGCCCCGGGGGUCACAUGGUUUAUAUAGACUUUUAUAGGGAAAACUUUGAAAAUCUUCUUGUAAAAAAACCACAUGGCCUAUGGCUUUGAUAUUUGGUAUGUAGCAUCAUCUAGUGGUCCUCUAACAAGAUUGUUCAAAUAUACCCCUAGGGUCAAAUAUGGCCCCACCCCGGGGGUCCCAAGUUUACAUAGACUUAUAUAGGAAAAAAAGUUUAAAAAUUUUCUUGUCUGAAACCACAACACUUUUGAUAUUUGGUUUGUAGCAUUGUCUUAUGGUCCUCUACCAAAAUUGUUCAAAUUAUGCCUCUGGGGUUAAAAGAGGCCCCACCCUGGGGUCACUUAGUUAUUAUGUGAGUUAUUUAGGAAAAAUACUUAAAAAAUCAUCUGAUCCUAUUUCCAAGACUAUUUAAUUAUAAUUACCUGAUGACCCCAAGUAAUAUGAUGUCACUUGACUGUGACCUUGAUCUACUGACCUACUUUCUUGUUUUUUAAGAUACAGCCUUGAAAUUUUGAUGACAUACACAGUUUUGCUCACAAAUCGUAAAACUGAAUUUCAUUGACCCAUACAUGCCAUAUUUUCAGACAGUCAGUAAGAGAGAUUUGCCUCAACAGGGCUUUUUUUAAGGGAGAUUUGGGUAAAAAUAAGGGAGACUUUUAUUCGCUCAAUUUUUACGCACUAAAUAGCCGUUUUCAUGAAAAAAUCAUCAAGUUUUUAUAUUGAAUUGAUGAGUGGAGCCAACAGUUGUGUAAAGAAUGCAUGAUUAUUACUUACAGCACUUUAAUUGAUCCAAGGAAAUUCAGAAUUCCAUGAAAGAUUGAACCAGGAACUUUGUUUUUGCUUUAUGUGUUGAUGCUUCUGCAUCUGGAGAGUGAUCUUUUUGUCAUGUUUAAGCAUACAAUACUCAAAAGACUGCAGACAUAUCAUGUCCAAACAGUCUUUUAAGGGCAGUCAUUUUUUUUUUCAGAAAUGAAGUUGUUAAAACAAAAAUGAAAGUCGUUCUAUUGCUGGAUUGUCCAUAUUUAGAUUAAAACUACAUGUAUUUAAACUGGGAAUUCUUCUCCCGUUAAUUAUUGCAACAUGACAAUAUCACAAAGGAAUGGCAUUCAAUUCUUUGGGCAGUAUGAAUUGCAAUUUAUUUCAUAAAAUUCACUUAUCCGAAUUCAUGUUUGUCUGAAAUUCUGUGUAGUCAGACAUUAUCUCGCCAAUUUUUGUUAAAUCGUGGUUGAUUUUUUGCAUGUUGUGCAAGUAUUUAAAUUGAGAAGCAUGAACUGGGUGUUAGCACUAACCUGUCUAAUCUUCUGAUUGCUCGAUAAAUACUGAGGUCAGCGAAAACGAAAGUACACUUUGGCAGGUGGCGGUAAAAUGACGUAAUUUUAAGACUGGUUUGCAUAUUGUUUUGAAAACUACGGAUCAGCGAGUUUGAUGUUAUUGAAUCAGUCUAAAAUCUCGAAUGCACAUGUUUACAAUUGCCUACGGGUAAGAUUAAAUGGUUAAUUGUUUGCAGAUGGUGACAGUAGGUGGAAAGAUAAUGAAUGCCUCAGGCGUGUAUCUCUCCAUAAACAAGCUAGGGAUUAUAGACAACUGUCAAAAUUAUGUUUGAAGAGUAUUUCCGGGCUACUCGAUAUUGAAUUUCAAGUACUUUCUAAAGGUCUACAUUGGGUCCGAGAUACAAUUUUUCGACAGAGAACUUUUUUUCUGAAUUUAUUUUUUUACGGGAGGUUUUCCUGUCCCGGCAGGAGACCGGGAGAUAUAAUGAAAAUACGGGAGAAAAAGGCUUCGGGAGAUAUGGCAUGUAUGUUGACCAUGAAUGUGACCUACUGACUUUCUUAAUAUUUUAUCAUCAGUUUGACAUUUAAAACAUGUAGCUCAUAUUACUCAGGUGAGCGAUUCAGGGUCAUCAUGACCUUCUUGUUUACAUUGAAUUGAUGAGUGGAGCCAACAGUUGUGUACAGAAUGCAUGAUUAUUACUUAUAGAACUUUACUUAAUCCAAGGAAAUUCAGAAUUCCAUGAAAGAUUGAACCAGGAACUUUGUUUUUGCUUUAUGUGUUGAUGCUUCUGCAUCUAAAGAGAGUGAUCGUUUUGACAUGUUUAAGCAUACAAUACUAAAGAUUGUGGAGAUAUCAUGUCAAAACAGUCUUUUAAAGGCAGUCGUUUCUUUUCAUAAAUGAAGUUGUUAAAACAAAAAUGAAAGUUGUUCUUUUGCUGGAUUGUCCAUAUUUAGAUUAAAACUACAUGUAUUUAAACUGGGAAUUCUUCUCCCUUUAAUUAUUGCAACAUGACAAUAUCACAAAGGAAUGGCAGUCAAUUCUUUGGGCAGUAUGAAUUGCAAUUUAUUUCAUAAAAUUCACUUGUCCGAAAUUCUGUGUAGCCUGACAUUAACACGCCAAUUUUGUUAAGUCGUUGUUGAUUUGUUGCAUGUGUGCAAGUAUUUAAAUUGAGAAGCAUAAACUUGGUGUUAGCACUAACCUGUCUCAUCCUCUGAUGGCUCAAUAAAUAUUGAGGUCAGUGAAAACGGAAGUACACUUUGGCAGGUGGCGGUAAAAUGACUAAUUUUAAGACUGGUUUGCAUAUUGUUUUGAAAACUACGGAUCAGUGACUUUGAUGUUAUUGAAUCAGGGCUUAAGCUAGGGAGCGACUUGAGCGAAAUAGUUGCUUUGUAGCUCCCCACUUCGCUCUAAUCUAACAUCAAAGCGAAAUUCAAGUCGCCCGAUUUUUUUAUCCACACUAUCGGCCUGUUGACACUUGACUGGAAUACACGAUGGCAUAAUUUAAGCUCCGCCUACUUCAGAUUAUGGAGAAGUGCAAAGGUGACACUUGUUUUGUAAACUGAUCGAUGAUAAACAAAGCAGUAGGGAUUUAUAUUACAUAAGCUUACACAUUCUUUUUUGACCAUUAGAAAGUAUCUUACCGUGUUUGGCUCCAGUAAUUUCCUUAAAUCCACUUAAUUUUACUCGUAUUUUUCAAAACCCAAACUUUAAAAACAUAAUAUUAUCACUGACACUUUCUGUGACUGAAAUAACGUAACUGAAAUUUACGCACAUUUUUGACACCUGCCAUCAGAAACUGGGUAAAACCUGUUUGACAACUGUUUCUUUUAAUGUGUGCCGACACCAGCGUAUCAAAGAUACACCAGCAGAUCAAAGAAAAUGUGUAUUCCGUGUGAUGUCAUAGUGAUGUCACUGCUAUAUUGACAUGUAUUUAAUUUACAUACUUGUUAUUUAAAGUAACUGACUCUGAGUGCAUUAGCACUGGGAGCUUGAUUUAUUUUAUUUUUUUGCUGAUAUGGAAUAAACCUUUUUUAAUUGUAUGGAAUUAACCUUUUUUAAUUGUAUUCAUAUUUAAAGGGUUUUCUUGGUUUGAACAAUCAUUGCAAGAGUAAAAAAAAACUUGAAUUUGCAGUUUAAUCACAUUAGAUUCACAAGGUUAAAAAUGAUAAGAAAACAGAAUCACUGACAUUUUCAGUGAAUUUGUUAUUUACUUUAAAUCAAUAGACUUUGUAAACAAAAACAGGGAAUAAUAAAAAUAGUAACGUUAUAAAAGGCA